GGUAUCAGCGCUCAGGCCUGCUGACAGGAAAGCCCCUUAGCCAGGGGGAUCCACGGGCGCUCUCCACCACCGGGCACGGGGCCCGCGGGGCGCUGAGGACCGCCUCCCCAGCGGGCGCUGCAUGGACGCGUCGGCCUGAGCCCGGCCUCCCCGGCAAGGCCUUUGUGCGGCAGGGGCGGCGGGCUCAGCAGCAGGAGCUGCUUCUGGCAGAAAGCCUGGGCAAGCACCCCCUGCAGAACAGGUGGGCGCUGUGGUUCUUCAAGAACGACAAGAGCAAGAUGUGCUCUGGCCGUGCGCUCGGCAGGCCUGACCGCUGUCUCGCCUCUGCCCAGGACGGGAUCGAGCCCAUGUGGGAGGACAACCAGAACAAGCGUGGCGGGCGCUGGCUCAUCACGCUGGCCAAGCAGCAGAGGCACACAGAGCUGGACCGCUUCUGGCUGGAGACGCUGCUGUGCCUCAUCGGGGAGAUGUUUGAUGAGUACAGCGAUGAGGUGUGCGGGGCCGUCAUCAACAUCCGUGCCAAGGGGGACAAGAUCGCCAUCUGGACCCGGGAGGCGGAGAACCGUGAAGGGGUCACCCACAUCGGGCGUGUCUACAAGGAGCACCUGGGCCUGUCGCAGAAGGUGGCUAUUGGGUACCAGGCCCAUGCGGACACGGCCACCAAGAGUGGCUCCCUCACCAAGAACAAGUUUGUGGUGUGA